AUGGCUGCACUGGCGAGUUCGAAGACAGCCUGCGGACACCUUAAGGUGACCCUUCUCAAUUGCUCCCGCCACUACUCCACAACUCCUGCACCAAUAACUUCAGCAAGUCCAGGAAACGUUAUUAUCAAUGGCAGACAUUCUCGCAACUACUCCGAGGACGGCGAGGCUCAGAGAGAUCUCUUUGUGAACGUCCUCAACGCAAAUGCUACUCGACGAGAUGCUAAGCAAUGGUUGUCUCGCUUCCCAGAAAGCAGAAAGGAAAAACGUUCGGCUGCCAUUCAAGACGAACGCAAUGCUCGCCACAUGAGAGAUCAGGAUCGUCUGGACAGGCUGGGAGUCAAUCUGGGAGGUCUUUAUACGCCUGCCAGAGCUAUUGCCGAUACGCCUCAGUUCACGCAGCAGGAAGGUAUCCGCGAUCAGCCUGCAACUUCCCCUCAGCAACCUCUCCAUGUUGCAUUGGUUUGCUUGAGGGGUCCAGAGGACAUUGACGAUGUUACUCUGGAUGGUCUAGYGGUGACUCUUGGUCAGCUCGUGAAGCUGGAUAUGAGAAUCGUCCUGGUAGUGGCUUCAAACCAACCAACAGAAAAGGCAGGCCUUGAAGCGAAGGAGCCGGUUGAUGUGAAACCCAUUCGGAAAGCUUUUGCUCUCCAAGCAGAUCGUCUCUGCGAUGCCAUUGAUCGGCAUAACCCCGAAGGAGGCCGCGCUGUUCCCAACGCCCUCGAAUUCUCAGGAGAUGGAGACCUCUCGGUUGGCAUGCCAAAUCUGGUCAUGGAUCCUCUCAAGCGAGGCAUGAUUCCCAUCGUUCCAUCACUAGCAUACACGGCCUCCGGACAGCUCGUCCCAGUCUGCAGUGCAGACGCCAUGAUAGCCAUGACCAAACACCUCUCAGGUCUUGAUGCGUCGAGUGGAAAGCAUCCCGAAGCUGAGGCUACCGCUCUAGACCGCAUCAUCGUCCUCGACAGCAUUGGCGGUAUUCCCAGCAAAGAACGCGGAGAUGGAGCUCACGUGUUCAUCAACCUCCAACAAGAAUAUUCCGGCAUCUCCUCAGAGCUCGGCGUAUACUCUACCGCUCUCAAAGCCGAAAACGGUUUAUCACAAACCACUCCAACAGUCUACGACCAACACCACGCGAACAUGACUCUCGUUCAGUCAUGUCUAGAUCUUCUCCCCUCAGCCUCUUCAGCUCUGAUCGUAACACCUUACGAAGCAGCAUCCUCCUCCCGAACCCGCCUCCCAUCUCUAGGAGCCGGAACCCGUCGACAAAAGAACCCUCUAAUCCACAACCUCCUAACAAACAAACCUCUCGUCUCCUCCUCGCUCCCCACCGCUCGAAAUCCCGAAAACAGCACCUCCCCAUCUCCAUACCCCUGUUCAGGCCAAACCGGCGCAGGCCGCAAUUCCACCGUAUUGCGCAAGGGGAUKCCGCUCACCAUCAUCCCUUCAACGCACCGCUCAGUAGGUUGGAAAGUCCCAGAAAACGGAACCACGAGUCUACGAUUAGAAAGUGAUCCAAGGGUCGAUUUCGCGAGACUAGUAUACCUGAUCGAAGACUCCUUUCGAAGAAAACUCAACGUCAAGCAUUACCUCAACCGAAUCGAUGGGCGAGUCGCGGGACUGAUCAUAGCGGGCGAAUACGAAGGCGGAGCAAUAUUGACCUGGGAAAUGCCUCCCGGAACAAACGAUCCCAAGAGACUCGUUCCCUAUCUCGACAAAUUCGCCGUCUUGCAAAGUUCCCAAGGCAGCUCCGGGGUAGCGGAUGUGGUAUUCCAAGCCAUGGUUCGGAGUUGUUUUCCCAAUGGUGUCUGCUGGCGCUCCAGAAGUGACAACCCGGUCAACAAAUGGUAUUUCGAGCGCUGUGAUGGAAUGUGGCAAAUUCCGGGAAGUGGAUGGACGAUGUUCUGGACUGGACAGGGGAUUGUGGAGAAUGAGGAGAAGUUUAAGGAUUAUGUGGGUGUUUGUGAGAAUAUCCCGGCUAGUUUGGCUCCUAUUGGCGGGAAGAAGAGUUUUGAGUGA